UUCAAAAUAUCACUGAUUUAGAACUUUGAGAGACGUGAUAAAGUCCUUCACCCAGCCACAAGAGACACAAAAGACGCGAAGAUCGCUGGCACAUCCUUUCCGUUUAAGAGUUUUCUCUUGCAAAAUCAAACUGCAUUCAAAGCACUCCUUACACGGCAAAAUUCUGAAUACAGAGUCCAAUAUUUCCAUGUCGACUAAACGAAAGCCUGUAAUGAAUGGAUCUGUACUUGGUGCUUUACGAUUAGACGAUUCGGACAGCUUGCGGAGCGAAAUUUUACGAGCAGAGGCAGAGUUUACGGUGUCUGUGUCUGCAGUCGAAGGAAUUCCAUCACCUUCGCUUACGCGCAUCAAAGUUCAGUUGGGUAAUCUCGCUCGUUCCAGUUCUAACUCGGUUAGAGAGAGGAAGAAUACAUGAUCGAGCUGAUUCCUCUACGGGAAAUGGACGAGACGAGUAGCGACAUGGAAGAAACUAACGAUCAAACACCUUAUUUUGAUAAAGAAACCGAGCAAGAAGCCUUGGUUAGACAUUCAGAUGUGACAAUGAAACAAAGAACUCCGCCAUACGUGUAUUUCCUGACAGUGUUUGCGGCAAUCGGGGGAUUUCUGUUUGGGUAUGACACCGGCGUUGUUUCGGGAGCAAUGAUCCUCAUAAAACAAGAAUUCCAUUUGUCCUCUUUUUGGCAAGAACUCAUUGUUAGUGCAACAAUCGGCACGGCUAUAUUGGGUUCUCUCUUUGGAGGUUUUUUGAAUCAAAGGUUCGGGAGAAAACCUAUGCUCAUUGUCUCUGGGCUGGUGUUUACUGUUGGGGCUGUUGUAAUGGGUGUCGCUCAUUCAAGGGAAGUUCUUCUCAUUGGAAGGCUCAUUGUCGGCUUGGGAAUAGGGGGAGCAUCAGUCACAGUCCCUGUAUAUAUUGCUGAAACAGCUCCAUCAAACAUAAGAGGUCGCCUUGUCACUGUCAACAAUCUUUUUAUCACUGGGGGCCAGUUUAUUGCCUCUGUGGUUGAUGGUAUUUUCAGCCCUUACAAAAGAACAGGAUGGAGAUUUAUGCUUGGUUUAGCAGCAAUACCAUCCAUUGUUAUGUUCUUUGGAUGUCUGAUGCUGCCAGAAAGUCCCCGCUGGCUUCUAAGCAGAGGGUUCUCUCAGGAGGCUAAGAAAGUUUUGGUCAAACUGAGAGGCACAGACAAUGUGAAGGAUGAAUUUUUAGCGAUGCAAACUGUAUGUGAAGAAGAAGAAUCCCUUCGCAAAACUAAAUCAUUUUCCUUCAGUAAAAGCACAACAUUUCAGAUGGUGGCAACCAAAAGUACAAGGAAAGCUCUCCUGGUCGGCUGUAUGUUGCAGGCGAUACAACAAUUGUCAGGGAUCAAUACUGUUAUGUACUACAGUGCAACGAUUAUACAGAUGUCUGGUAUACAGGGAGACCAGUUGGCCAUCUGGUUGGCUGCGGUGGUCGCAUUCGGUAAUUUCGCUUUCACCAUAAUUGGAGUGUUUCUUGUAGAGAAGUUGGGACGUCGUAAACUAUUACUCGGGAGUCUUGCGGGGGUCACUCUUAGCUUGUUUCUACUGGGUGGGGCAUUUUACAUGGCGAAGCAACACGAUGCUGCGAUCACAUUUCACGAGAAAACGCUGUCCGACCUAAACAGCAACAAAUGUCCCGCGACUGGGUACUGCUUGGAUUGUCUCAAAGAAAAAUGUGGAUUUUGUUAUGUUAAAGACUCUACCAGCAAUCCUAUAAAUGGUUCUUGUGUUCCAAUCAAUGUAUCUUCUAGUGAUAACACGGCUGCAUUUGGUAGAUGCAGUCGCAAGGAUCAUUCAGUAACAUGGUCGUACCAAGCUUGUCCAUAUAAGUAUGCCUGGUUAGCAAUUGUAGCUCUUGUUUUAUAUAUCGCUGCGUUCGCUCCGGGGAUGGGGCCAAUGCCAUGGACGAUAAAUUCCGAGAUCUACCCCCUGUGGGUCCGUAGCACAGGAAAUGCGUUUGCUACAGCAACGAACUGGACAUGUAACUUGGUGAUUUCCAUGACUUUUCUCUCUCUGACUGAGUGGAUUACGCGUUACGGUGCAUUCUGGCUGUACGGGGGAAUUUCAGUUUUUGGCUGGUUGUUUUUCUUUGUUUAUCUUCCUGAAACGAAAACGAAAUCGUUAGAGGAACUGCAACAUUUAUUUUCAUAGUAUACAAUAACAGUUUUGAAUUUUGAUAAUUUAAUUUUUUGUUGGAACGUUAAAAUGGUCUAUGUGAUGGAACGAUUCCUUAUGCUGUACCCCAAAUAUUGUGGGAUGCGCCAUGUAUCUUUUCCAGCCGCUUUCUUAUUUUAUCACUGUCUUAAGUUUGUAAAGGCUAUCGUUGUUUCAAUUGCUACCCUCGCAGGAGCAAGAUCAAAAUAAGUCUGCUCACAUUUCUUUUAGUAAUCAUAUUGUUACGUUGACAAGAUCUAUGUUUCAUAAGUGGCCUUGAUAUGUGUGUUGUACCCUAGCUACUAUUAGUUUACAUAAGCCUUUUUUAUUGUUUUUCCUUGAGUUCAAACCAUACAACCACAGCUACAACUUGGCAACAAUCACAAGUACAUCCUAUUUCUACUUUUCAUUCUGUUUCUAAUUAGCAUUUUUCCAAUAAGUAUUCUGAUUGUUUUUACGUGGUUUUUCUGAAAUUUACUCAAUGUGGGUUCGAGUGUUAUCAAGCUCCUGGGGUUAACUUGCCCUUAUGCUAAUGUAAACUGGGCUUCGAUCCUGGAAAGUCAUAAUAUGAAAGUAAUAAUUAAAAGGUGAGAUUGUCACGAAAGUUUCUAGUCACUGCUGGUGUCCUAGCGGAUAUGGACCCCACUAGAUUUGGACCCCCCGAUCCAAAUCCGCUAGCGGAUAUGGACCUCCCUCCGCAGAUUUGGACCCCCCAACAGAACUGAGUGAAAACAUCAUCCUUAACGUUCUCGUAGAAAUAGAUAAUACUUUACGUUUCAGUGCGUAUUAAAGUCUGUUUUUAACUCAAGAUAUGCGUAUCGCCGAUGCAUACGAACUGGCAGC